UAAAUUUUAUUUUUCUCUUGGGCGCGACGACCCCAUUUCAGAACUCAAUUUCAUCAUAAUUAUGAUACUAGACGAACUAAAAGUGCUAUUAAAAUCUAACUUGAGGAUAGCUCAUAUGUGUGAUAGAACUGAUUCUCAUGGAUGCAAACUUGCUAAAACUCAUGUUGUAAAAUGAAAGACACAUCACACAUCUAUUUUUUGUUGUACCAUUAGUUCUCAAUCUACUAUCACUCAUACUUUUCAUCGAUAACAGUGCUCUGCAUGAACCACUACCCGCUUCUCCAGGACUAUGUUUUCUUUAAUAUACAGCACACACUGUUUUUUAAGCUUAGUUAAUAUAGGACGGUCUUGGACUGUUUAGAUAACUUCCACCUGAAAUUGUGGUGGUUCAUAGCACAAAAUUUUGAUCACUCUUCCCUUCAAUCUCUUCUGUCUCUCUGCCUCCAAAUUCUGUCUCCUAUAAAUAUUUUGACACUGAAGCUGAUAAUCGUAAAGCAGGUGAAGCUUCUAUUGAUCACUCUGUAUAGCAGGUAUUGGACAAAAUUGUAUACUAUACACAUAACGAUUUGAAGUGACUAAAGCAUUCAGAAUUUGUCAGAUAGUGAUAGAAUCGAAAAUGGAAGGUAGUUUAUUUCCACCUUGGAAGAAUGAGUCCUGGCAUGGGUUAGAGUCAGAGGAGGGUGUGGAGGAACAUGAGCAACUCAAAAUGGUGCCAUCCUUGCCAGCCAUACCUGAGCCACCGACACCCCUUGAGCCCAUGGAGUUUUUAUCCAGGUCAUGGAGUCUCUCUGCUUCAGAAAUUUCAAAGGCUCUUUCAGAGAAACAACACAAACAAACCUUGCUUCAUAAGAGUCCACCACACACUUUAGCAGAAGCUAUUUCCAAACCUCAAUUAGCACUAGGCAAUAUCACACCUUCUUCUAAUUGUAGAAGAAUAGGUACCAUUGGAAAAUGGUUACAUCACAAGCAUCGUACCAAUACAACAAACAUCACAAUUAAGAAGAAAGAAAAGGCACGUCUAGAAAAUGCACGUGUACAUUCUGCUAUUUCCAUUGCUGGUUUAGCCUCUGCACUGGCUUCUGUCGCUGUAGUAAAGGACCCUUCUAGUGACUCUCACACCAAAUUGGAUCUUGCAAUGGCUUCAGCCACAAAGCUCUUAGCAUCAUAUUGUGUUGAAAUGGCGGAGUUAGCCGGAGCUGAUCACGACCGUCUGGCUUCUACUGUCAAAUCUGCGGUUGAUAUUCAAACCCCUGGUGAUCUAAUGACUCUCACUGCUGCAGCUGCAACAGCUCUGCGAGGAGAAGCAGCUCUUAGAGCUCGAUUGCCAAAAGAAGCAAAGAAGAUUGCAUCUAUAAGUCCCUAUGACAGAGCAAUAGCAGCAGAAACGCAUUUGCUUCCUGCUUUUGAUGGUGAGAAGUUGGAACGUCAUCCUCCAUGCGUUGGAGACUUGUUGCAACUCACAGAAAAAGGUGCAUUAAGAUGGAAACAUGUCACUGUUUACAUCAAUAAGAAAAGUCAGGUUAAACUUAAGAUCAAAAGUAAGCAUGUUGGAGGAGCUUUCUCCAAAAAGAAUAAAUGUGUGGUAUAUGGAGUUUGUGAUGAAGAUACUGCAUGGCCAUAUAGAAAAGAAAGGGAAGCCUCAGGAGAUCUCUAUUUUGGUAUCAAAACUGCACAAGGUCUUCUAGAAUUCAAGUGCGAGAGCGAGCUCCACAAACAAAAAUGGGUUGAAGGGAUAGAGUUUUUACUUGGUCGUGUCAACUCUUUUGAAGCAACAGAACGAUCUCUGCUCUUUUUAAAUAUCAGUACCAGCACUUGAUUUGUUUGGAUUGUACAUGUUACAUCUAAAAUUUUGCCAAACAACUAUACUCCUAAGAAUGUUAUACCUAUAUGACAAAGAAAAUGAAACAAUAAUAGUCAUACUAGAGUUGUUUAUGACCCAAGAACAAUUAGUUCACAAAUAAAAAUGGUUUUUCUGUAA